AUGGCCGAAGAUAUCGAUACCCGCUUGGCCGCAGAGGUCGCUGCGCUCUCCACCAAGCUUGUCACCGAGGUAGCUCGCCUGCUGCAGCUCGAAGAGUCCGUGUAUCUGCUCCGCAGGGAGAACCAUACGUACAAACAGAAGUUGGACACGAUUUCCGCCGAAACCGCGGCGUUCGCUGCGCUCCAGACCAAAUACAACGAUCUCUUGAAGAGACACGAUGUUGUUGCAGAAGAGAAUCGCGUCGCGCAGGCGAAAACCGUGCGUUUGGAGGCCGAGGUCGAAGACUUGACCGCCUCACUCUUUGAUGAGGCAAAUAAGAUGGUUCUGACGGCCAACCGUGAUACGUACAACUUCAAAGUGAAGAACAGGAAGCUCAUCGAGGAGUUGGAGGAGAAAGAUACCAUUAUUUCGGAUCUUCAGAGCCAGCUCCUGGACCUAAAGACCUUGUUUCAAGAAAUGGAGGAUCAGAAUCGCGCAAGAGACGCUUCGGCGGUAAGCACGCCCUUUGUAGAUGCAGAUCUUGCGCAGGAACUGAAUAAGUUUAGUAUGGCGUUCGAGAGACGCUUGGCCGACGAGCUAGAUCUGUUUGUAUACUGUCCCAGAGCGCGCUCAGUGAGGUUCGAUCUACCAAUCUACCAGCGCGACUUCAAGGCGUUUGUGUAUCAGAUCAGUAAGCCAGAGUUUUCGUUCGACUUGGCGUCGUUGAAGUCGCUCAAGUAUUUCCGGAAGGUCUACACUGAAGAGAUUGAACCCGCGUUGGGCCAGGUUCCUACACCAACAGGUAGCUUCAUGAAUAGAUGGGCCACGGGCAGGUCGUUCUGGUCAUUCUUGGUUGAGGGCAAGGCGCGUAUCGAACCGGUGUCGGGAGUAAACGAAACUUUCAAAGUCAGCUACAAGGGCCCCAAGACCGGCCUGGAGAUUCCAGUCGCCCUCGAGGAACCAUGUGGAUUCUGUGGCGAACAUAGCGCUGCCCGCUUAGAACAUGCGCGCUUGUACAAUCUCAAACUCUACUCUCCAACCAGAGAAACAAAAGAUGCAGAUCUUUCCUCUACCACAGACAUUGGAGGCGAGUCGCACCACACAGUGGGUCUGUAUCCGCUCUGCAAUUACUGUUUGGUCAAGCUUCGGGCCAUCUGCGAGUUCUUCGCCAAACUCCGUGUUAUUCACUCCAACAUCUACAAAAUAAAGCCCAACCCGCUGUUCAACGACAUUUCGAGUGUGAGCAGCAGUUUCCAGUUCAAGAGAUCGCAGGAGCUGAUCACGAUACCAAAAGUUGUCAUUGAGGAUGAGCCAAUCUUCGUGAAGUUGUACCUUCUUCUAUUGGCAGUCAGAGCCAAGAUUUUCUGGAGUAGGUCUGGCUUCUGGGAUACUGAGGAGGACGUGGAAAGCAUGAAUGUUGAUGACAUCAAGAUUGAUGCAUUCAAGGAUUUCGUCGCGACUAAUGUGUCAUUUCAGGAGUUCCACCUCAACGCUAUAAUUCUAGACGACAAUAGAUCUACGACGCCAAGGGAAAGUAAGGCUCCAUCAUUUGAAAAGCUGAGAAGCUCAGUCGGGGUUGCAGAGAAGGUAGACAUACCUUCCGCCAAUAAAGAUCUAGAGCAGGAGCAAACACAACAACAACAACCUGAGACUGUGUCCGAGACUGCAGCCGAGAAAUUAGAGGAAGGUGAUGCACCUGUUGGAAUGGAAGUAGACGAGGAGGUAGAGAAGCUGGAUGAUGAGGCAGAACAAUUCCACGACUCCAACGAGAUGAGCGCUCCGCCAGCGAAUGCAAUGCAGCGGAAGAAGAGCAAAUCCAAGGCUUUUAAAAAGAAAAUGAAUCGAGACCUAGACGAUACAAUUGAGAUGCUCAAGGAGAAUCUCCAGUAG